AUAAGUCAGACCUCCGAGGUGAGUGCACGUGUGUUGUGUUCUUCGCUCAGAAAGACGGAGGCAAAAAGAGUGUUUUCGUUGGAAAAGAGAGAAUUACUUAAGACUCAACAACACACUGGUAUUGUACUAGUACCCUCUGUUGAAAACCGAAGUGCUGUAAGAAAACUUUUGUUAAUAUGAUGCAAUCGUGUACUAGGCAGAGGCGUAACACUCACGUAGUUUGAGCGUUUACACGUCUCGCGAGGAAAAGUUUCGAGGUGUAAACCUUUCAGGAUGCAGCCGGACGAGGAAGGCUUCCCGGCGUCUCCUCUGGGCCCCUCGUUCCCCUCGCUCCCCUCGAGGGACGGCGAGAGCGGGGAAGUCCUCGGGGACAAGGUGGUGGCCCUGAGAAGGGCUCCCGAGGAACCUCCCCGGCGCCUGCGCCUCCGGCCGGGCGUGCCCCGGGAGAGGAACCAGCCCGGCCACUAUUCUCUGCUGAAGCAGCACCAGCAGUUCAGCGGCUUCAGGAUUCGGGACGCCUUGGCUCAGCAGGGAGGACUGAGGCUGAGGAAGGGCAGCAUGACCUACAGCAGGGGAGCCGUGCCUCUGGUGCAGCCUCAGUACCAGAUGUGUGUUCAGAUGGAGGGCGGCGUGGCCGUCCGCCAAACGGCCCUCCCGAAGGGGCCUCGGCAGUGGCACGAAGAGUGGGGCCAAGUGCGCUUUCGGCCGCCCUUCCGCGUCCCUCGGGAGAGCCUGUCGGAGCCUCAACCAGCGUUGCCAAGUAGGAAACGCGACCGAGUGCACGUGAACAUCUGGGAGGAAUUUCUCCUGGGAACCAAAGUCUUCAAGAAAAAUGGCAAAUACAUUAUAAACGAACAGAGUAUGAUCAUCAAUUCAAUCAAGCAGUGCCUGGAAAGAGUCGUAUCGACCACGGUGUGUGAUGUGGUCAUAUGUUUCAUCUAUUUUAUUUGUGCCUUCCUGCCUUGCUUAACAUACAACAAUUACAUGGAAUUAUUAGGUUAUAUUCUACUCCAUGGUCAUUUGAAACUGCACGAAUAUGCCUACAAUAGCAAUAUCGACCUGGAUUUGACAGGAAGUGUGUUUCAAGGUCCCGGGUACAUUUGGGUAAGGUUCUGGUGUCAGCACUGCACACACAAAGAAAAUAUUAAAGUGUUUGACUCACUCAUGAAGAAAAUGAAAUCGGAUAUCCUGAAAGGAACGUGACCGUGCCAUAUUCAGUAUCAGAGUCUAUGUUAAUGUUUGCAAGAAAGAAAGAGAGGCAGAGAGACUUAAAAUAAAAUAGAGAAAGAUUCUUAUUUAAAAAAUAACACAACUCUCUCCUUUUACUUGAUAUUUGCCCAGAAACCACGCCCCUUUUCUAUGGCUAACAACUUGAUUGGUUAAUGUAAAGUGGAUACGGGAAUCGUUAUAAAAUGACUAGAUAUAAGGUCUAUUUGAAUCAUUAAAAAAAUGAUUGUAAA